UUCAUGGUUAAUUGGAACCCCUUUCAGUUGAGUUGACUUUUAUACUUUAAAAGUUUAAAGCAAAAUUGGACUUCUUAGUUUGCUUGUGCUUCCUGGAAACCUUAAUCUUCUCUCUGCACUUCUUACAGCUUCAUUUUUUUAAUGGCUGUAGCUGGUCAAGAAGUAGAACUGCAAGUAACUGCUAAAGAUGAAGUCUCCAAUGAAGCACCAAGUUCAAUCAACACAAACCAGAUUCCAGCAACCAAACACUACAGAUGGUGGUUGCGGGUCGCGGUUUAUAUCAUCUUUCUGUUAGCCGGUCAGGCAACCGCCACCCUUUUGGGCGGACUUUAUUAUGACAAAGGUGGUAAUAGCAAAUGGAUGGCUACCUUUGUUCAAUCAGCCGGUUUCCCAAUCUUGAUCCCCAUCCUAUUUUUCAUCUCACCAUCCACCAAAUCCGCUACAUCACCGCCACCAGUCGCCACCAUUGUCCUCGUUUACUUAUUUUUCGGCCUGCUUUUGACAGGUGACAACUUGAUGUAUUCAUAUGGUCUGCUAUACCUUCCUGUCUCAACAUACUCAUUACUUUGUGCAACACAGUUAGCUUUCAACGCCCUCUUUUCGUUUCUUUUCAACUCACAAAAGUUCACUGCUUUGAUCAUUAAUUCGCUAAUUCUCCUGACGGUUUCUGCCUCACUUGUUGCGGUCAAUUCUGACUCAGAUAACUCAUCGAACAUCCCGAAAGGGAAAUACAUAAUCGGGUUUUUCUGCACAUUAGGUGCAUCAGCUGGUUAUUCUUUGUAUCUUUCACUUUUGCAAGUAUCAUUUGAAAAAGUACUCAAAAGUGAAAACUUUAGAGUUGUGCUGGAAAUGCAAAUAUACCCUUCAAUGGUGGCGGCCGUAGGUUCAGUGGUGGGACUUUUCGCUAGUGGCGAAUGGGACGGGUUGAAAAUGGAGAUGGAUGGUUAUGAAAAGGGGUCGGUAUCCUACAUAAUGACGCUUUUAUGGACGGCUAUCGCGUGGCAAAUAUGUUCGGUUGGGAUAUUGGGACUAAUAUUUGAAGUGUCAUCUCUUUUUACAAAUGUGAUUAGUACAUUGGGGCUGCCUGUUGUUCCUGUUCUCGCGGUUAUAUUUUUCGGAGAUAAGAUGGACGGCGUGAAGGCUAUUGCGCUAGUUGUUGCAGUUUGGGGCUCAGUUUCUUAUGUGUAUCAACAUUACCUCGAUGACUCGAAACUAAAGGCGAAGACGGGGUUACUUGUAAGGGCCAAUGAUGGUUGUGAUAACGCUUAAACACACUAGGUGUAGUUUUUUUAGUUUAAGUUUUUAUGAACACUUUAUGUGUUCAAAAAGCAUUUUUUUUUUAUAAUAUAGCAAUAGCAAUAGGUGUGUUUGUGAAUAAAUUGUACAAGUGUUUGUGUUAUGAACCGUACAAGUGAGCCCAACCUACCAGCCCAGUUUUAGAGGCCCAAUAAAUGGAAUCGCAGAAGCAUCACUGGAUAUGUUACGAAGGAAUAUUGUGAAUGUUGUUACCAGUGUUUUUGAAACUGGACCGGACCGACCGCUCCGACCAAUGAACCAGUAAGGCGGCCGGUUUGAUGUCUGGUCCAGUUAUGAAAACAUUGGUUGUUACGCUUCUUCCCAUCCCCAAACCUGAUAUAUGUUCUUCCCAUCCCUUCUGUGAUAAUUGUUCUUUAAUCUUCCUUGUAAUCAUUCCGUUAAUAUCAAUAGAAACAUCCGAUUCCAUUCUAA